AGGCAGUGGCUCGCGCUGCCGCCGGGCGACUAGCGGGGGUUGUACAGUCAGAUUUCACGUGGGAUUAGCUAGGCUCGCGCUGGGCUCUGUGGUACUUGUAGUACCGCGGCUGCUGGGGAUAUUUGCUUCUUACAAUGUUAGCGGUUUUACUCUUAAAGGGACCCGCACAAAUCUUCAUUCUCUAAUUUCAGAGAGCGGCAGAAUCUAAUAGGAAACUUUUAUUAAGCAGAAAUGGACAACCCUCCCACGUGUUCCCCGUCUCCGCUAUAUAUGGCUUCCCCGGAUCCUCAGAACAACAUAUCAGCUAAACAACCCAUGAGUGCGACUCUUCGAGAGCGCCUGAAGAAGUGUCGGAGAUCUUUUAGCUCCACGUGUACAGUGGCCAAGAGGCUGAAAGUUGACGGAGAUGAGGGUGACUUUACUGCACAAUGUCCCAGUGAUUCUUCUCCCUCCAAAGACUCAGAGAAUAAUGCUGUGGAGGCAGGACCAAUAUGUGGCCUCCUCGUCCCUGGACACGUAGAAGACCGAAUGACAAUGGAAGCUUCUCCUUCCAAGCAAGAUAUUUCUGCUAGUAACAACUACCAAGAAAUGCUGCAGGAGAAAAAGAGACUGCUGAAGAAAGUACAGGAGAAAGAAGAACAUCUCCGAAGGUUGAAGAUGGUUAAACUGUAUAGAUCUAAGAACAAUCUGACGGAGCUCCAGUCUCUGAUAGACAAGUGGAGGGAAAGUAGCCAGCUCUUACUACACGAGAUCCAAAGAGCAUUGUCUUCAGAGAACAAGAAGAUCAGUUUAACGCAGCUAAUAGAAAACUGUGGCCUGGAUGAGAAGUUGCUGCACUACAGCAGAGCUGAGGAGGACUUUGAUGCGUAGGGCACAGGAAGGGGAAUGUAAGUUUAUUAUUUUAAUUGGGUCUCGGUUGUUUCCUUGAAUAACAAAAAAUAAAUAAACACUUAGACAUCCCCUGUAAUCACAUAUUAAACUGUUCUACAGCUUUGUGUUUCAAUCCAUCGCAGUUUUCAAGAUCUCUGCUUGAUGUCAGUGUUUGGAAUAAUCUUGUCGUCCAAAGGAUGAAAGCCUGCUUGGUCGUCAGUGCGUGGCCCUUCAAAGUACAGAGUGGCUACGAUUGUGCAUUUGUCUCUCAUGAAGGCAGGCCAGGCUGUUUCCAUACAUCCUUCAUAGAGUUGUUUGAAAGCAGGGUGCUGCCAUUCCAUACACGUCCUCCCCACCAAGAUGGAAUUCUAGCAAUAGGUAACCCACUUAUGUAACCUUCAUUGCCUAUUCUGGUGGGUAGGUGAUUAAUGUUGACAGCUUGACUAUCCCAGCUGUCUGAAAGGUCUCUGGUGCUCAUGCAGUGUUUACUAGGUGCUGUGUCUGGUGCUAUAGUUCACCACAUCUUUGUCCCUUUCACGUGAAUGGGACGGAGCUGAAAAACCAAACACAACCACUGCAAAAACUAAGUCGCUGUGCUUUACAGUAUAAGCAAUGAAGGGCGCCUUCAAGCAGGUGAUCGGCAGGGGUGCCAAGAGUCGAAAGAACACAGAUCUAAUAUUGUUGGCCGCUCCUAAGGAUAACAUCUCUAUUAAUGGGCAUCUGUCACCAGAUUUGCACCUAUGACGCUGGCUGACCUGUUACAUGUGCUCUUGGCAGCUGAAGGCAUCUGUGUUGGCCCCAUGUUCAUAUGUGUCCGCAUUGCUGAGAAAAAUGAUGUUUUAAUAUAUGCAAAUGAGCUUCUGGGAGCAACGGGGGCGUUGUCAUUACUCCUAGAGGCUCUGCUCUCUCUGCAACUGCUGCACCCUCUGCACUUUGAUUGACAGCGCCCCGUGUGAAGGCAUUUUCACUGCCUGUCCCUGUCAAUCAAAGUGCAGAGGUUCAUUUGCAUAUAAAAGCGGGGGAAAGUCUCAGAUUGCGGCACAAAUAACCUUUGCCACGAAAUCUGCACCAGAAA